GUGUUUGCGUGUUCCGUGAGUGAUACACGUUAUUUCUUCUGUGCCGGAUUACCACUGUAUACAAGGUGAUAUAUAUGUUUUAUGAAAUCAUCUAGUUCUAUGUAAAUCAACCAUGGAGGUAACUCCCCGAUACUUCUCCAUAUGUUGCUGACUUCGUAAACGAAUUUCUCAUCAAUGAGCAACCCAAUCUAAAUUGUAUACGUACUUCAGUCGAACGAUCGCGUAAGAAACAGUUGUAUUGAUCAGGGUCACACCACUAUUUUUUUGUGCACCAUUCUAGACUAGAAGAAGCUAUUUUGGAUUAAGCAUUCAUUGAUUAAGCGUGUAUUGUGUUGAUGUGUAGUCCUGGAAGUACAAUAUGAUUAAAUAUCUAUUCAAUGAGCUGUUGGUUUAUGUAAGUCUUAUUCAAAUAUAUUAUUGAUCGUGAUACUGAAUUGGCCUACCAGGCUACAUUAUGAUAUUACAUGGGAAAUAUCAUAAUACUAAAAGUGCUGAAGAUAAGUAUCAUGUUCUAAAACCUAGAUGGAAAAUGCGAUUUUAUCACGGCUUCGCCCGGUAAUCUGUGAAUCGGAUUGAAUAUAAUUAUUUACCUGCACUAAAGGGAUGUUUAAAACCAAUGCUAACUUAUUCAAGGAUUAAUCGCCUUCAACCAUUUCAUAACGUCUGAUGCCACCCACCGCUGUUAUGUCGGCUAUUGGAGGAAACGCCAUGUCUGAGAAGGAGCAGGAGGAUAUCAAUAGGAUGCUCAACUAUUCAUCUUCGUCAUUAUCAUCUAAUGAUGAUGAUGCAGAUGUGGAUGUUGAAAAGAGACAGGCGUAUGAAGAAGCUAAGCGACAGUUUGAGGUGGAAAUGAAGAGGAGAGAAAAGGAGUUGGAUUGCGAUCUGUCGACAAUACUACAGCCUGUUGAUUUGUCUAGAAGAGAACAAAAGUUACACCAAGCAGCCAAAGAAAAUGACGCAGCUACAAUCCGUGCUCUUUACUCUCAAAACAGCAAGGAGAUCAACAGUAAGAAUAAUCUUGAUAGAACGCCGUUACAUUGGGCAGCUGCUAAUGGCAACAUGGAAGCUGUUCAGGCUCUUAUUGAAGGUGGUGCCGAUCUGGAAGGAAAAGACAAGUAUGGUAUGCGACCGGUCUUAUGGGCAGCUUGGUUUGGACAUCUCCCCGUCUUGAAAGCUCUUAUUCGAUCUGGAGCAACACCAUUGUGCUCCAAUAAGCAAGGCCUUAGUAUUGUUCAUUGUGCGGCUGAAAAUAAUCACGUAGACGUGAUGAACUUUAUACUGGAAUCUUUAGAAGGUAUAAAUGUCAAUGAGGUUGAUAAGAAUGAUAGGACGCCCUUACACCUAGCUGCUGAUAAUGGUCAUUUAGAAGCUGUUUGUAAAUUACUAGAAUCAAAGGGGGAAGUUCAUCGGAAGGAUAAGAAUGGAGAAACAGCUGUGCAUUUAGCUGCUACAAAAGGACAUGCUGAUGUAUUAAGAAGUUUAUUAUUAGUUGGUAUUGAGGUAGAUGAUAGAGAUGUGGAAGGUAGAACAGCUAUACAUGCUGCUGCUGAAAAUGGACACAAAGAAAUAGUUGAUAUGUUAUUAGAUUAUAUGGCUAGCCCUGAUGUUGAAACUAUACAAAUCAGUAUUAAUACGUGCACCCACCAGAAACACAUGCAACUACGUGAAAUAACACCAUUACAUUUAGCAGCAACGCAUGGAUUUGGGGACAUUUGUCAAAGUUUAAUAAAAGUAGGCUGUAACGUGGAUGCUCAAAACUUUCAAGGUAAUACGGCACUUCAUAUGGCGGCCCUAGGGAAUCAUAAAACUGUAGCUUUAACUCUGGUCGAUGCCAAAUGUGAAUUAGAUCUUCCAAACCAUAGAUUACAAACUGCCUUACAUUUAGCUGUAGAAAAUGGUUAUUUAGAUGUUGUGGAGGUUUUGUUAGCAGGAGGUGCCAGCCUAGAGGCCAGGGAAAAGACUGGUAAAACUCCGUUACAGUUGGCAAGCCGUGGAAGUUUUGUAGCAAUAGUUGAUAUGAUUAUAAAAGCUGAAAGAUAUUAUGCAAUAGCUCGGGAUUAUCAUGAUAGUGAUCUGGGUUAUGUUGAUCCUCACCUCUAUCUAAGACGACCAGCUCAUCCGUCCGCUCUCCAGAUGAAAGAUGUCAUGUGGAAGCUAGCUACUAAACAUCUCAAGCCCACCGACUGGAAAAAACUUGCCGUUCAUUGGAAAUUUACCCCAGAACAUUUAAGGGCAAUAGAACACCAGUAUACGGGUACAAAUUCAUAUAAAGAACAUGGCUAUAGACUGCUGAUGAUUUGGUUACAUGGUAUAAGAAAAGAUGAAAAUGUGAUGAAAAAACUAUUUGAGGCCCUGGUGGCCACCGACAGGAGACAACUUGCUGAAUCCAUCAGAAGAAAAGCAAAUCUACAAGCUGAGAAACCAUGUUCCCCGUCAUUUUGUGCUGUUUCCUAGCUUCAUCGGGACAAACCAAGUGGCAAAAGAAGUUAUUGUACCCUCAUUGCUUUUGAAUACGACAACGAUGACCUUUGUUCGGGGAUCCGCGUAAACUAUGCCUGAAGUGUCAGUUUCUUUCUGAAGUAGAUGAAGAAAAACAAAUGAAAGGCUGUGGUAGAUUUGACCUCCACCAUAAAAACUCUUAUUGGUAUAAAUAAGGAUAUGUGUGAAGCCGGUACGUUUGUUAUAUCGAUAUACGUAAAGCAUCUUCGCCUAUACAAAACGCAUUCGCAACAUGACUAUAGUCUAUGAGCUUAUGGCUUGUGUUGUUUACUUUUCGAAUUCAUCGAUCAUCUUCAUUUCAAGACAUCCAUCGAACUGAGUCAACUCUUCUAAAAGGGAUAUAACUCUUAUUUACUGUUGUGUAAAAUUGACUUUUUCGUGUCGGGUUGUUAGAAAGUGUUCCUGAGAAAUGUACUGACGUUUGAAUCUUGUUGAUCAAGAUUAUAGAAAUGUAGUUUGGCAGAGUAUGUUAUCUCCCUUUACCAGUGACCCCGUACAGUGUUGGAUUUCGGUACAUUUGUUAUCUGUUACGUUUUAGAUGGCGAUUUACUUCAAUACCCAUUGAAAGGACCGAUUUCAUUGAAAAUAAUAUUCCAUUGUGUUAGAUAAUAGAGUGGGGGUUUUAUGUGUUGUCAAUGCAUUUGUGAUAAUAGUGUUGAAUAUUUAUUUAACAAUUGUUGAGAUAUUUGUUUAUUUUAAAACUUAAACAAAUUCAAGUACAGAAUAAUUAGUAAAUACCAAUAGGAUAGAAAAUUUUACUUCUCUAUCACUAAUAUAAACCCAUAAUUACGAGAAGGGCUAUAAAUGUACGACAGUCAUAUGUUUAGUAUGCCGCAUUUCUAUGGGCAUCCUCAUACACACUAUGCUCAGGGAAAAUUUGGGAUUAUUAGUUAGAGACGGAUAAAGAGAUAAGAAUUAACACUAAAGUGAAUGAGAUAUCUUAGGUGCUCUGUUUCCUCCCAAGUUAUUCCCCCUGCUUAUUUAGUUAUUUUUUUUCUUGUUUCCCUUCUCAUCUUGUGGUUUGUCACUUUUGUCCUUGAUGUUUAGGAUCUAUCUAAAGUGUAUUGAGACAGUCGUGCAUUCAAGUAAAGGACGUUUAGACUUAGCCCAGAGAAUACUCUAGUUAGUAAUUAUGAGUUGUUCCCCCCGCUGGGGUUUUCUAUUUCCCUUCUAUGAUCUCGGUGUUUUUUAAUAUUAUGUGAUUGUUGUAUUCAUUGCUCAUUGAUGCUCAUUUUCUACCCUUUCUUUGUUAUAUCAUGGUUAUUUUUCAUGGUUGUUUUUUUUAAUAAUUUAACGACUGACAAAUGCCGAAUUAUGAGAACAUUUUACAAUUAAAAUAAUUUAUAAU